GAGAGAGGGAGAGGAAUUAUUGUAAUGAGAACUCUUUUGGGUACUCUUAUUUUCUCAUUUCUAAAUUUUUGUCUCCUCAAUGAGCUUGCCCUAGCCGGUGUAACUAGGCACUACAAGUUUGAUAUUAAAGUGAAAAAUGUGACUCGGCUAUGUAACACAACGAGCAUUGUUACUGUCAAUGGAAAGUUUCCGGGACCUCGUAUUAUUGUGAGGGAAGACGAUCGACUUGUCGUCAAAGUCGUUAACAAUUCUCCAAAAAAUGUCUCCAUUCAUUGGCAUGGAGUUCGACAGGUUCGAAGUGGGUGGUACGACGGACCAGCUUAUGUAACACAGUGCCCUAUUAAACCGGGUUCAACUUAUGUGUACAAUUUUACAAUAGUUGGGCAAAGAGGGACAUUAUUUUGGCAUGCACACAUUGGAUGGCUAAGAGCCACUGUUUAUGGUCCUUUAAUAAUUCUACCAAAACUUGGUGUCCCUUAUCCAUUUCCCAAACCUUACAAGCAAUUUCCCAUUCUCUUUGGGGAAUGGUUUAAAACAGAUGCUGAUGCAAUCAUUAAUCAGUCCCUGCAAACAGGUGGAGGUCCUAACGUUUCUGAUGCCUAUACCAUCAAUGGACUUCCAGGGCCAUUAUACAACUGCUCUGCCAAGGAUACAUAUAAGUUGAAGGUGAAACCUGGCAAAACUUAUCUCCUCCGUCUGAUCAACGCAGCACUCAAUGAUGAACUCUUUAUCAGCAUCGCAAAUCACACAGCAACAGUAGUAGAAGUUGAUGCAACUUACAUCAAACCUUUUCAAACAGACAAAUUCCUCAUCACUCCAGGCCAAACCAUGAACCUUCUACUUCACACCAAACCCUUUUAUCCUAACGCCAGCUUCUUCAUAUUAGCAAGACCAUACGCCACCGGCUCCGGGACCUUUGACAACACCACCGUGGCCGCUAUUCUCGAAUACGAACCACCGCCUCAUAACCCUUUAUCAAUGACUCAACUUCCUCUUCUAAAACCGACCCUACCUGCUCUGAACGAUACUCCUUUCGCUUUUGCCUUUUCGAACAGGCUUCGGAGUUUAGCGAGCGCUGAGUACCCGGCUAAUGUGCCGAAGAAAGUAGCGAAACGCUUCUUUUUCACCGUCGGGUUAGGAACUAAUCCCUGCCCGAAAAAUCAGACUUGCCAGGGACCUAACGGGACUAAAUUUGCAGCUUCUGUUAAUAAUAUAUCAUUCUCUUUACCAACUUCAGCUUUGCUUCAGUCUUACUAUUUUAGAAAAUCUAACGGUGUCUACACUGCUGAUUUUCCGAGUAGUCCGAUAAUACCGUUUGAUUUUACGGGUACUCCGACGAAUAAUACGAUGGUGAUGAAUGGAACUAAGGUGGUUGUGCUUCCGUUUAAUACCAGUGUGGAAGUUGUGUUGCAGGAUACAAGUAUUCUUGGAAAUGAAAGCCAUCCUCUUCAUUUGCAUGGUUUCAAUUUCUUUGUGUUGGCGUCAGGAUUUGGAAACUUUGAUCCGAAUAAUGAUCCUGUCAAUUUUAACAUUGUUGAUCCUGUUGAAAGAAACACAAUUGGUGUUCCUUCUGGUGGUUGGGUUGCUAUCCGAUUUCUAGCAGAUAAUCCUGGAGUGUGGUUGAUGCAUUGCCACUUUGAUGUUCACCUGAGCUGGGGAUUGAGAAUGGCUUGGAUUGUUUUAGAUGGACCCCUUCCUAAUCAGAAAUUGCCUCCUCCUCCCCAAGAUCUACCAAAAUGUUGAUUUUCCCCUUUCACAAUUUGUAAUUUUUCUUUUUCUUUUUUGAAAUUUUUUUAGGUAGACUCUAUCCUUCACGUCAUUUGUAGACUAAACCUAUCACAUUAUGACACGUCAUUAAAAUAAUGGCAUUAUCAAAAUAUUACUAUUCAAAAGUGUAAAAAAAAAAUAUAAUAGUGCCACUAUUUUAAUGACGUGUCAUAAUAUAAUAGACUAGUUCACGGAUGACGUGAUAUACUAAAUCUAUCUGAAAAUUUAUCUUUUUGGUAACCCUUGAUGUGCCAGAAAAUAAAUUGAUUGUUGUGUUUCCCCUUUCCUUUUCAUAAAUCUCAGUAGAGUUGUUUCACCUAUUCCAUUUGUGGAAGAUGUGAUCUAUAAUAUAUAUAAGAUUCAAUGAAAUAAUUUUGUGACAUUAUAAUGUUUAAUUUCAGCAAAUUUAAAUAAUCUAUUUAAUUUUGUAUUCGAGAUG